CAUUCGUACACAAAACAUGGCAGCCACCAGGGAAAAAAUUUCUCCUUUCGAACUGAGCAUGCGAAUGCUAAAAGAUGAAUUAUUUAAGAAAGAUCCCGUGAUGUUAGGUGUAAUAGUUGCUGUAGCAGUAGUUUUGAUAACCAUAGUUAUUUACAAGUUGCUAUCACGUGGAAGAGGCGGCCGAAAUUCUGUGUUGCUUGUUGGACUCUCAGGAGCAGGGAAAACUCUUCUUUUCUCAAGGCUAAUGUACAAUAAAGAUGCCGUCACAUUCACAUCAACGAAAGAGAAUGCUGGCAGCCACAUGACACUAAGCAAGAAGGUGGUUAAUUUAGUUGACAUACCGGGAAACAUCAGACAAAGGCAGCAGUAUUUAGAUCAGUACAUAACCCAAGCAAGGGGGUUAGUCUUUGUGAUUGACAGUGCAGCUUUUCAGAAGGAGGUAAAAGAAGUUGCUGAAUAUCUGUACAAUAUCUUGAGCAAUGCAACAUUUUAUAAGAUGUCCCCUAAGUUGCUGAUUAUGUGCAACAAACAGGACAUCACCUUGUCAAAAUCAGCACAAGUUAUCAAGACACAGCUCGAAAAGGAAAUGAACACUGUCCGCAAGACUAAAGCAGCGGCUCUUGGCAGUACUGAUGAUUCUAGCUCUAGUUCCGAGAUCUUCCUUGGCAAGAAAGACAAACCAUUUGAAUUUUCCCAUCUGUCCAAAUUUAAGGUUGAAUUUGUGGAGUGCAGCACCAAACCAGAGGCUGAUGAGGAUGAACCAGAAAUUGGGCCACUUCAGGAGUGGCUUGCUAGCAGACUCUGAAAAGAAAAGAAAAAUACCAUAAAAACUAAUUAUUUAAAGGACCGUAAAAGAUUAUCUAAAUUUUUGUUUUUGAUUUAUGCAAUAUUUUGUUACAAUAAUAUAUUGCACUUUAAUGACGGAAUAAAUGCUACAUGAAGGAAUUUUAUUUUGUUUUGUGCACUUGGUCACCAAGGCUACUAGGAGGUAUAAUGACAAUAUGAUUUUUUUGAGUCGGGAGCUGGUAUUAAAUGUGCUACUCUACUUAACUUUAUCUAAAUCCAGCCGUUAACGCUAAGCUUACAGUGUGUUGCCCUUUGUAACUACUUAAUGCAGCUUAACUGACGUUCGACAACUGGCUGACAAAUAUGAGUGACCAAAUGCAAGUCGUACGAUUUGAGGCGAAAGACUCACUCUAAUUGAUUAAAAACUUAAAAAUCUUGGAGCAUUUUAUAUGGGGCGGGAUUUUAUAUGUGGGAUAGCGGAUGUGAAGGUUAAAAUGCGAUUAGGGUAUGGUGAUGAAGUGAGGUGGAAUUUCUGACAAAAUAAGGUGCUAUGAUGUUAUUUUUAACUACUUGAGUGAAAAUGGUUUGCUCAAUGAACUUCCAGUUGGGGGGUGGGGUGGAGGUGUGGCUGGGGGUGCAAGCUUUUUUUAGGUGGUGGAAUAAAUAGCCACUGUACCCAUUAUCUAUUUUCUGCAAACGCAAGCAACCAUCAAGCAGUUAAAAUUGGUCAUGUGAUGGAGUCUAUCAAUUGGGCAUAUUCUGUGCGCCAACUUAUUACAGUGCACCCUCAAAUUUGAGACCCCUUUAUUCAGAGACCCCUCUAAUUCGAGACCACUUUUUCAAAAAACCAAAUAACAGUCUAUUAACACUAAGCUAACCCUGUAUGUGGAAACUGAACCCCGAGAGUGCCCCAAAUGUUUAGGUCCCAAAGGUGGUCUCGAAUUGGGGUGGGGGGGGGGUGGGGAAACAGUAUCCAAUUACAACUAGGUAAUUUACAGUCAGAAGUGACAUAAGUGCUUUGUGCAGGGACUGCUCCCUGCUCAGGGUAACUAGCUCUAUAUGAGCGCUACAAGGAAGUAGUUAAAUUGAGGUGAGGUGCUAAGCCAAAUUGCAAGGCCGAUAUAGCUUAGCUUUAAACUCUUCUUUUAGAAUCACAGUAUAUCUGGUGUUUUCGAUCUUGGAUUAAAAUCCCACAGUCGUGGAUUUAAAAUGUU